ACCAUGUCGCCGCAACCAUACAAGUCACCGUGUCGCUAUUGAAUAGCAUGGAAUUAAACCUUCUUCAGUGUAUAUGUUUUGUGUGUGUCAUUUUUAACCCUAUUAUAACCGCGGUAUAUAACAGAAAUUUUGGUUAUUCCCUUGGAUUUGAUUACAUUUUGGUACCGGUGUUCAAGACUACAAGAUGUUGAACCAAUACUAGCUGUAAAAUGAUUCUUAUGAUAAAAAACAAACCUCCCAUAACAGUAUUUCUAAUUUGUUUAUUUUUGAUUGUGAUAACUUUGUUCUAUUUUGUUUAUUACAUCCGAACAGAAGAACUUAUUCCAGAUAGUGAUAAAAACAAUGAAUGGUCUGACUUGUUAGAACAUUUCAACAAAGAGAAAAGUUGUAUUAGCAAUAACAUAGAACAAGAAUUCAACCAUAUAUAUGAUGAUUCAGUACCAUUGACCACUGUGUAUACAUCUUUAAGUAUAGAUGUAUCUAAACUAUUCAAAUAUAGUAGGGUAGAGGGUAUAUUGUCUUUAACUGAUUGGGUACCAAGAUGUCCUAAAGAGAAGGUUUAUAGUACAUUGAAAAUAAGAUUCAGUCUACCAGAUAAUACAAAAAAUUUUACAGAAGUAUGUGCUGAAAUCAUUGGUCCACAAGAAUACUUACCUAUGUUUUCAAAGCAGAGUUGUAGUUUAAAUGAUGCAAAAAAAAACAAGGAAAAAAAUGGAUAUCUAACAGCAAAAGUUACAAGGCAAAUAGAUAAUACAUUUUGUCAUGGAGGAAUACUAGUAAAAUUGCAGUUCAAUACAAAUAUUGAAAAAAGUAGUUUUGCAAAUUACUUGAGUAAUGCUGAGAAAAAUGUGAUCUAUGUACAUCUACUGUGGGCAAGUUGUCUGCUGUCAUUCCUCACCAUAUGUAUAAUUGUAUAUGCAUAUUUGUAUACUGAAAAACAGAUAGAAGGUUAUGGAGAAAAAUAUAAAAAUUUUAUAAGGAAAUAAUUUAUUAGAACAAUAAUUGUGUAUAAAAGUAAAAAAUGUAUAAACAUUGUUUAAG